CAUUUAAUCUGGUCGAACCCUAGCCAUGUCCUUCGGCCGAAACAGUUGGUUGACUAGCAGCACACCGCGAGUAUUUACUUGUCGUCGGCGAGAGACAGUUUGGCUUUGUACUCCGACCGUCUCUGUAUUCGUCCGAUUCUUUACUUCCAUUCAGAACUCCCACUUUGGUGGUAUCGAUUCCUAGCUUCUUCGAUUUUCAUUUGGGGGUUAUCGUGGUAAGAGAUAGAUAGAGAGAGAGAGAGAGAGAGAGAGAGAGAGAGAGAGGGAGGGAGGGAGUAGAGAAUGGGAGAUGUGUGGACAUGGCUGGCGUUCUUCUUCGUUCUCGUAGCUCUUCUUAUCGUUGUUCUUUACCAGCUCAUGUGCUUAACGGAUCUUGAGUUUGAUUAUGUCAACCCUUAUGAUUCUGCAUCUCGGAUAAACAGAGUGGUUUUGCCAGAAUUUAUCAUGCAAGGAGUUUUAUGCAUCCUGUGUCUUGUAACGGGGCAUUGGUUUAUGUCACUGCUGAGUGUUCCAUACCUGUACUACAAUGCAAGAUUAUACAUGCAAAGAAAGCACCUCACUGACGUAACUGAGAUCUUCAACUUGCUCGAUUGGGAAAAGAAGCAACGGCUUUUCAAGCUUGCCUAUAUCAUUCUUCUCAUUUGCAUCUCCCUGUUUUGGGUGAUCUUUAGUGCAUUGGAAGACGAUGAGGAAGCACUGUAG